AUGCAGCAGCUUGCUGCUUUGAAUACAUCGCUCGGCGGGGGCUCUCAGGAUAUCGUGACAUGGGAUAAGCAUUCUAUCAUGGUUCGCGGCCAGCGCGUGAUGUUUUUCUCUGGGGAAUUCCACCCCUUCCGCCUCCCAGCCCCCGGGCUAUGGCUGGAUGUAUUCCAAAAGAUCAAAGCGAUGGGUUUCAAUGGCGUUUCUUUUUACGUCAACUGGGCUCUCCUUGAAGGCAAAGAAGGAGAUUUCACCGCUGAAGGGGUAUUUGCACUUGAGCCUUUCUUUGAUGCUGCAAAGACAGCCGGUAUCUAUCUACUCGCACGACCUGGACCCUACAUCAAUGCAGAGGUCAGUGGCGGUGGGUUUCCAGGAUGGCUGGCCCGCCUUCCGACCGGGCUUCGCACGCGGAACUCGACCUAUAUGGAUGCAACCCAGAAUUAUGUGUCCAGCAUCGGCGGGAUUAUUGCGAAAGCGCAGAUUACAAACGGGGGUCCGGUUAUUCUGGUGCAGCCUGAGAAUGAGUAUUCAUCAGGCGACCCACCCUUUCCAGAUCCCGUCUAUUUUCGUGCUGUUGAGCAACAAUAUCGAGAUGCUGGUAUCGUUGUUCCUUUCAUAAGCAAUGAUAACAGCCCGCAUGGGUACUUUUAUGAUCAGGGACCUCCGGAAUGGCCGAUUUACGGACAUGACAGCUAUCCUAUGGGAUUCAACGAUGACAUCUCAGAAUGGCCCGUCGAUGCACUUCCGACUAACUAUGGAGAUUUACACGAAGAAAUGGCACCCAAUACGCCGUAUUCGGUGAUUGAAUGCCAGGGUGGAAGUUGGGAUCCUUGGGGUGGAUACGGCUACAACAAAACAGCAGCAAGGCAGGGACCAGAAUACCAGCGUGUCUUUUUCAAGAAUUUCUACAGCUUUGGGGUCACUGUCUUCAAUGUCUAUAUGGGUGUUGGUGGAACUAACUGGGGAAAUAUGGGAUACCCAGAAGGUUAUACCAGUUAUGACUACGGUGCACCAAUCACUGAGAUGAGGACCGUUGAGCGGGAGAACUUUAGCGAGUUGAAGCUACAGGCCAUGUUCCUUCAGUCUUCUCCUGCUUAUGCGACUGCGAUUCCGCAGAACAACACACAUGCGAGCGGCUCCUAUACCGGCGACGUCAACAUAGCGACGACGGCAGUUUUGGGAAACCGAACAAGCUUCUUUGUUCUUCGACAUGCGGAUUAUACUGACACAUCGACAGCAAGAUAUCAUGUCACACUUCCAACGAGCAAAGGAAAUAUCACCAUACCACAGCUUGGAGGAUCCUUGUCUCUUGUCGGUCGGGAUUCCAAACUGCAUGUUACAGAUUAUAAUGUUGGCGGUAUCAACCUGCUAUAUUCUACUGCCGAAAUCUUCACAUGGAGAAAUUUUGGAAGUCACCAUGUUCUGGUCGUUUAUGGUGGACCAGGCGAGACUCACGAGCUUGGGAUUCAAGGUGGUGGAACCACUCGCAUUGUGGAGGGGGGCCGAAAUUCUGUCAAAUUUGGUAAGAAGCAGGACUCGACAAUCAUGCAGUAUACUGCAAGCGAUCAGAGAACAAUUGUUGAGCUAUCGAACGGCCUCUACGUUUAUCUACUUGAUCGCUAUUCUGCCUACAAUUAUUGGUCUAUGGAUCUACCAAGUGAUCCCGUCUCGGGAAACUACACCAAUACUACCACAUUCCUCUCGAGUCCAAUCGUCAAGGCCGGCUAUUUGGUUCGGAGCAUCAAAACCACGGACAAAACUAUAAAUCUCAUGGGAGAUUUCAAUUCCACUACAGAGAUCGAGAUCAUUGGUGCCGAUAAUGGUACCUCAACUUUAGUGGUGAACAAUGAGCCAACUGAAUUCCAGCAAGACAGCCAUGGCGUUAUAAAAGCUACGGUAAAUUUCAAGAGACCUAAUAUAUCCUUGCCUGUUCUCUCGGAGAUUGGCUGGAAAGUACUCGACACCCUGCCAGAGAUUCAGAAAGAAUACGAUGAUAGUCAUUGGAUGAAAGCUUCACUGUCCAGCAGCAACAAUACUGAGCGGAACCUUAGUACCCCAAUGUCCCUCUAUGCUUCAGACUAUGGAUUCCAUUCGGGAUAUAUCCUAUACCGGACCAGAUUCACCUCAAAUGGAGAGGAGAGUCUUUACCUAGAAACCCAGGGUGGAUCAGCUUAUGGCCACUCCGUAUGGCUCAACGAAACUUUUCUGGGCUCUUUCUCUGGAGGAAUUACAGCUUAUUCAUGGAAUCAGACAUUCGGUCUCCCAGCGAAAAAAGGCCAGAGCUAUACCAUUACUGUUCUGAUCGACCAAAUGGGAUAUGAGGAAAAUGGUUCCGCUGGGUCGAGCGACAUGAAAACGCCACGCGGAAUUUUGAACUAUUCGCUUUCUGGAUUCAAACAAUCGGACUUGUCUUGGAAAAUUACCGGAAAUCUCGGCGGGGAAAGCUAUAGUGAUCGCAUUCGAGGUCCACUUAACGAAGGAGGACUAUUUGCAGAGCGACAAGGCUACCAUUUACCCGGCGCCCCAAUUUUAUCUUGGAAUGACAGCAAUCUGGGCCCCAUGGAAGGGCUUAGUGAGCCAGGAGUGGCCUUCUACGCGACCACAUUCAAACUUGACAUGCCGACUGGAUACGAUAUCCCGAUAUCGUUAUCCUUUGCAAACAACACCGACACAACUAGCAGUAUCCGGUGCCAAGUCUAUGUGAAUGGAUACCAAUUUGGUAAAUGGAUUCAUAAUAUCGGACCACAAGAUAUUUUCCCGGUUCCAGAAGGCAUUUGGGACUACCAUGGUGAAAACCAUCUCGGUGUCAGUCUCUGGGCGCUAGAGAAGGGUGGUGGGAAAGUGGAGAAUUUAGAGUUGAUUGCUGGUCCUGUGGUUCAAAGCAGUUACCCCGGCCGAUCGAAAUGA